AUGAUAAUUUUCAAUGGAGAAAAGUACUCGUGUGUCUCUUGCAUUAGAGGGCAUCGAUCUUCUUCGUGCAAGCACAGCGACCGGAUGCUCGUCAAGGUUCGUACCAGAGGGAGACCUUCACCAUUAGAUGUGAGAAAAGUCAUUUUGGUGGACAAGAACUCGCGGGUCGAUGUGCCAGACGGCCAAAGCCAAAACCAAGGACAAAACCCAGGCCAAGUCCAGGGACAGAGCGAAAGUGCGAUGGAAGAUGAUACAGAACCGUUGUGCACUGGGAUGAACAAACAGCCGGUGCUUUUCCUAAGAGCUAUUGCAACCAAGAAGGCCCUUCUUGUCGAUGGGAACUUGAAGAUUUUGGUCGCGUCGGAGUCAAGUACGCCGGACUCAGAGGUGACACGAGAAUUACAGAUGAAAGAGGAUGAGAAGAAGUUUGUUUCAGAGCACGAGUUUUUGCUCCAACACUCGACACGGCCCACCGCAGCUGCAUGCAGCAGCUGUUCGGGCAAGAACAAACAGCUUUUGAGUCGCGGAGACGAUGAGUUCUCCGCAGGAACCGUAUCGAAACGGCUAAAGGUGGAAAAUGAUAACUCAUCUAUGGAUCUUUCCAUUGCGGCAGAUGGCUCCACUAUCCCAUCCAGCAACAGCAACAGCAACAGCAAUGACAAUCACAAAUCACAAAAUCCACAUAUGUUCCAGGACUCUGUUGUGCAAUUGUUCACACAGAAAGGCGCGUACUUGAGUACAACAUGCUCUUGUGACGAUAACUGUGGUUGCAACAACUGUCUAAUACACAGGGAAGAAGAAGAACUUGAGAAAUAUUUACAUGGACUACAACAACCGCUAAUUAAUCUAGGGAGUGCUCAUCUUUUCACGACCACGAACAACAACAAGUCGGACCACAUAUCGAUCCAGAAUCAAGACCCCUCAGAAACAGAUUUGCUAAAUCCCAUCAACAUCGGUGCCAAUGCGCAAGGUUACAGCGAGAUAUGCCUGUGUGAUCACAAUUUGUGCGAAUGCCCCAACUGCUUAUUUCAUCCAGAAGAACACAUAACUCUAUCUGAUAUACUGAUACACGGCGUCUUGCACUAUAAAUGGAAGAAGAAAACUGUAAUACACUACAAGAACAAGGCUAUACGAUCAAAAUACUGGUGGGAUUUCCUCACUUCACAAGUACCAUCGCUGAGUACAGAAGGACUUCGAUCUUUGGAUCUAAUUAAGUGGUUUGACAAUCUUGUGCUGUCGAAUAUAGUUGAGUUGCCAGACGUGAAUGAUUAUGGCUACUUUUCGAAGCAUAUAGAUGGCGCUAAACACAUUAAUAACGUUACAGAGAGUGCAAAUCCGCACCUUAAAAUGCAUAACAAUCAUAACGGCAGAGGAGACGAAGACGCAGGGACACAUUGUAUGAAUAAUAGUGGGAAGAAUAUCGAGAAGGAAAAUUUGAGCUUCGCGAAUGACCCUAGGGCUGCCAAUGCUAGUACCUCCUAUAUGAUUCUUUAG